AUGUUACCAGCGGCAAGGCGGUCCUUACAACUGCCACGACAGAGCGCUCGAUUGUUCGUCACCAGAAGUACAUCACCACAGCUACCGCUUCACAGUCGCCUAUCAAAACUCAUAACGCCACCAUCGAGCUCAGCAUAUUCGACGAAACCACCUGGCAAUGAGAACUCGCCGAACACACAGGAUGAAUCUCCAAAGGAAACAUCGAAAGUCGACGCCGUAUCGAACGCGCUCUCUACCACACCCGAUUCCGAUAAUAAUCUCAUAACGCCCGUAUACAUGCCCGAAGACCCGCACGCCGUUCUCAAGCAGACCCAUCCUGCCAUACGCCUGCUCGACAACUCCUCUCUUAUAGUACAACGACAGCUGGAGAUGAUGAAUGUGCUCAUGGGUUUUGAACAAGCGAACCGCUACGUUAUCAUGGACCCGCAUGGCAGCCAUAUUGGAUAUCUGGCAGAGCAAGAGCAUGGCAUAGGGAAUGCCAUGGCGAGACAGAUGUUCAAGACGCAUCGGAGCUUUACAACACACGUCUUUGAUCGAGACGAAAAGGAAAUACUGAGGUUUCACAGGCCUUUCAGCUGGAUCAACUCGAGAAUACGGGUCUAUGAUGCUGUAGGACAGGGCGAAGGCGCGUACACCAGCUCGGCAAGUCUGCAGGGUACAAGCGUGCCAAGCAUAGCCAAUCAGACCAGCGCAAAUGUCUCCAGUCUAGGACUGCAGGAUAUGAGGAUUAUCGGAGCUGCAGAACAAGAGUGGGCACCCCUACGGAGGAAAUACAAUCUAUUUCUCGCAAGGAAUAUAGAGGAUGUUGCUGCUGCACCCGGUACACCACAACUAUCCUCUGGCGACCUGCCGAUCUCAGACUCAAAAGCUGUCGCUGUGGCGGAAGGCGACACACGAGAAGUAGGAAUGCUUCAGUUUGCCAGAGUCGACGAGCCCUUUCUUUCCUGGGACUUCAGCUUGAUGUCUGAGGACGGACGUCUGGCAGGCUCCGUCAACCGCAACUUCGGCGGCUUUGCACGUGAAAUCUUUACGGAUACUGGCGUUUACGCGUUGAGGAUGGAUGCUGCCGGACUAGCAAAUGAGCCAUCACACCUGGUCUCCAAAACUGGUGAACAGAGUAGACCACCACUUGAAGGCUACCCUGGCAUGACCCUCGACCAACGAGCGGUAAUGCUCGCUACGGCUGUCAGCAUAGACUUUGACUAUUUCAGUCGACAUAGCGGUUCCGGUGGGAUGUGGCCAAUGUGGAUGCCCUGGGUUGGUGGCGGCGGUGAAGCUGCCGGUGGCGCUGCAGGUGGCGCUGCAGCUGGUGAGGCGGGUGCUGCUGGUGCUGGAGCCGUGGGUGCUGCUAGCGAAAGCGGUAUCGCAGGUGAAGUUGGCACUGCAGCACGCGGGCUAGGUGCUGGAGAAGGCGCAGCGACAGGAGCGGCUACAAUGGCAGGUUACGAAGCUAUGCAAAGAGGGCGAGAAGCAAGACAACAAGGAGGAGACGAUGCUUCUCCACAAGCAACCGAUCCGUAUCAGCCUAACCCGGACCAACAGUCCGGUACAAGCCAAGUAGGUGAGGAUAUCUGGGGCGAAGAUUCAGGUGUUGGGCCCCGGGAUCAGGACCAAGACUUCUGGGGUGGACAGGGUGGGCAGGGUGGCGGUGAUGCUGGUGGUGGGGGCGACGGUGGUGGGUUUAGCUGGGGAGACUUCUUUGAUGAGUAA